GUUCUACCUAACAACUGCAACUAUCAUGACGCGAAGACGAGGAGAAAUCACAUUACGCCUCGCACGUCUGUCUACCUAGCAGCCUAGGCAGCCGAUAAAUUGAUUCUUUUAUUUCUCAUUCCCCUUUUUUCGUAUGUAUGUAAACCGACAACAUAUCAGAUACGUGCACCUCCUGUGAUUCGAACAUCAGUUACCUAUUCCGGGCUUGACCUACGUCAGCAGCCGCCCAAGUUCCCUUGGCUUGAAAGACAUCGUCUCAUAGGCCUAGACCAACGUAGACUGCUGUACCUAGCCUGCCCGCAUAUAUACUUACAGUUGUCCCGCUUCCGUAAUUCCCGAGCCUUUCAAUUGAUUUCUUCUAUCCAAGUCGUAUCGACGAUAGGUAAUCAAUAUGAGAUAUUCAAAUGCACUCUUGCCAUUCGUGGCAACGGCCGCAGCUAUCGUCAUACCCGAUGAGGCUACCGCACAACAGCUUGUCCUCGACACCGAGAAGAAAGUGGAGAAUACGGCGUCCUCGUGGCGGAAACAGGUCUGUCACGGCGCCAACGCACUUCUCUCAUCCAUCGAAGACACUCUCGACAACGCCUUCGAUGGCCUCGAGCGACAGACAAACAAGCUCAAGGGCAUCGUCGCCGAAGGGUUUGAAAUCGACAUCGGAUCCGAUAUUACCGAUUUCCUCUCUCCGUCCUUGUACAAUGAAGCACCCCGUGGACAACGGGGCUAUUCCACAAACCUAACCGUGUAUCAAACCAUCCGUGCAUCGAACCACACCACCAAGUUCGCCAAGCUCCUCGAUGACUACCCAGAGAUGGUCGACAGACUAAACGGCACAUCCGCCAACAUAACCAUCUUCGUGCCCACCGACGCCGCCUUCGAAAAGAUCCCCGAUCGCGCACGGGACUUCAAGCCACCAAAGGAAUUCAUCGAAAAGCUCAUCAAGUACCACGUCCUACCGGGCUUCUACCCCGCGAGCCGGAUCCUCUCCUCGCACACUCUCCCCACCGCCUUCGAAGAAGAACACCUCGGCAACCGCCCGCAAAGACUGCGCGUAAGCAUCGGUCUCUUCGGGGUGAAGCUGAACUUCUUCACCAAAGUAGUCUACGCGAACCUUCUCGCCUCCAACGGCGCGCUGCACGCCAUCGACAACAUCCUGACGCCCCCUCCCCCAACCAAACUCCUCAUCUCCCUCUUCCCCAGCAAAUUCUCCACCCUCGAGCUCGCCGCCCACAAAUCCGGCUUCAUCCCACACCACCACCACCAUUCCAACACCACCCACCCCGCGCUCACAGGCCUAACCUUCUUCGCGCCGACGAACACCGCAUUCAAGAAACUCGGGCCCCGCGCGAACGCCUUCCUGUUCAACUCCCCGAAGGGCCUGCACUUCCUGCGCGCGCUGCUGAAGUACCACGUCGUCGCGAACGAGACGCUGUACUCCGACGCGUACUACGGGCACCAGAAAGUGCCUUCUGAUUCCGCUGAGUUCGGCGGGGAGGUAGGUGAACAUACGGCAGACGGACACUUCCACAUCGAUCUACCGACGCUGCUGGGCGAUAAGCACAUUGCGGUGGAUAUUGCGCGGUGGCAUGGGUUUAUCCGCGUUAAGCUGAAUGGACAUGUCGGUGUCGCGGUGCAGGAUGCGUUGACGAAGGAUGGGGUGGUGCAGGUUGUUGACACGGUGCUGAUUCCCCCGCACCCGCGGAAGCAUCGUGGGGUUUGGGAUGGGGAGAGUGAGAGGGGGAUUAGUGUUGAUGAGUUGGUUGAGAGGCUGGGGCCUUAUGUUGAAGAGGUUGAGGGUGAGGAAGCUGGGGUUGAGGAUGUGGAGGUUGAUGGGGGUGUGGAGGUGGAGUUGUAAAGGAAGGAUUGUGAAAGUGAGUGAUAAGUUGCUAUGAUAUGACGAGUAUGAAUACAUGAGGCUACGGACGGUAUGGUAUGGUAUGAUAUGAUAUGGGAAAUUGGGCAAAUUAUUUGAAACGGACAUGGGACCGGACCCGCGUAAAGGAAAACGUACGCCGCUCUAUCUUCUAUCUACGCAAAAAUAUAAAAGAGAGAUCGAGUAAAAUUUACAGAUUGUGAUUGCAUU